GUCAUUAAAAUGAAAAAUAAACAAACUAAUUGUUUAUACAAUUAAUCAUGGUUUUUAACAAGAAAAUUUAUUAAUGCAGCACACAGUAAUCCACUAAUAAAACGAAAUAAGAUGUACAAAGGCAGUUAAUCUAAUGAAGCUUAAAAGCGACUGCUCCAGCACCACAAUAACCGAAAAAUUAACAAACUUACAUGAAACAUUUACAAAACAAGGGCUCAGCAAUGAGGAUCUUUACAAAAUUGCUCUUUCAAGUAGAAUUAAACCAAAAAGCUCGCGUAGGUUCCUCUAUAUAAUAUCAUUCAUAAUUUUGCUCAUCUCAAAUCUAUACAUGCCAAUUUGCUUAGAUAUUUUACUAGGAAUAAGGUGUGUUGUGCCAAACAAUUAUUUUAUAUGGGAAGGCACUAGACCAAUAUCAGAUUGCUCAUUUUGCUCAAAUGUUACUGGACCGAUUGAAUUACAUAAUGUAACAAGGAAAGAGUUUGAGCCUUAUGCUUACUCUUCUCAUCCUAUUGUGGUGAGACAAGCCUUUUUACACUGGCCAGCAUUAAAAAAGUUUAGCUGGCACUUUUUUAAAGAAUUAUAUUACAGUAUUGAGGAUUCUUACAAAAGUGUUGAUGAAGAGUGCCAAUUUUUACAUUUUAAGUCUGAUUUUGUAUCUUUGAAAAAUGUCUUUAGUAUGUCUAUUGAUCGGGUUAACAAUUUGCCAGGAGAAAAGAGUUGGUAUGUUGGAUGGGGGAACUGCCAUCCGAUAAUAUUGGAAGAAAUGAGGAAGUAUUAUCCAAAGCCCCAUUUUUUGCCAGAGGAUGCUGAAAUACCUCAUAAGGAUUAUGUUUUUAUGGGUUAUGAUGAUGGGGCUACAAUGCAUCUGGACUUUAUAAACAGAUUGAUGUGGCAAGCUCAACUACAAGGCUCAAAAAUUUGGAAGUUAUUACCACCUCCGGAGUGUCAAAAUGUAUGCCAGCCUUUACAAUUCUUAGUUCAUCCUGGAGAUGGGGUAUUGGUGGACACUCGGAUUUGGUAUCAUGGAACAACUAUACCAAAUGGAGAGUUCAGUCUUUCCAUACAGUCUGAAUAUGGUUAAAUCAGAUGAUAUUUAUUUAAGUUUUAAAGCUGUUUUAAAUGCUAUAGCCAAAGUCUUUUAGUUUUUAGUAAAGUACCUUUUUGUUUUUACCAUUUCUAGUCUGCAAUUUACCAAUUUCGAGCUCUAAUACAAAUAUCUUUUUCUAUAGAAAAAUAAUGUAUUAUAAAUAUUCUUAUAUACAUGCAUUUUACAUCUAUCAGUAAAUUAUAUUACAAUACCUAAUGUAGUCAUUUGGUUACCAGUGAACUCAUUGUAGUUUUUAUAUGUUACUUAGUGCCAUUUCUGCCAUUUUGUUAUCAUUUUAGUUAAAUGUAGUAUUUAUAUUUUAAAGAAAAAAUAUAUAAUUUAUUUUA